AUGACCCCUCUGACGGGCAGAAUGGCCUGGCCUUCCUUGCGCUUGUUUCUGCUGCUCCUUUACGGCGUGGCUGGCGAUGACUGUACGGAGCAGAUGUUGGUUGCAUCGGCGACGAGACCACGCAUUCGCAUGUUGCCCAAGUGUAACGUAUUUCUCUCUUCGGUUUUUGAGGUCUCGCUGAAGUUUUACCAGGCUGACGUCCAAGCGACGUUCGAAGAAUGGGCGGCGCAGAGCGCCAACUCCAGCAUCCCCAGCCUCCGCGCCUGCAUGCCAGGCACGUGCUCCGAAGAGCAUGUGCCGGCAGUGGCGUACCUCAUCUGCCUCAUGGCCACGCGCGAACCUCGCUGCGUGGAGAUGCUGGACAUCUCCUCCUGGGAGGCCGAAGUUCCGGGAUUCGCCGCGGUGUCGGGCGUUCUGUUGGCUCAAGGCCCGGCCGUGGACUUCAUCACCUGGGACCUCUCCGACGCCGGCUCCUCCAGUGCAAGGGAGCAUGUCCUCGAGGCCUCCGCGGCCUUGGCGAAGAAGGAGGCCGAGGCCAAGAGGAGGGAGCGCCAAGUGCAGCGGGAGCUCCGGGCCCUCCGAGGGCAGCGGCAAGUCCUCCUCAGGGAGCACUACGCCACCUUGGUCGACUCCUGGAACCAGCUGCUGGGCGAAGUCCCCCGAGUCCUGGAAGCAGGCGAGGCGGGAGCCCUGGAGACCCUCUGCAGCGAGGCGCGGGACCUCUGCCGAGGCGCCGAGGCUCAGAGGUUCCGAGCGCCUCCCGCGCCGCAUAAGAGCGAGGCGCGCCGGAUUUUUCAGGGAGCUGGGGAGCUGCAGAGGUCGAUUCUGGAGCUGAGGGGCGUGUGCCUCCGCGAUCGCACCUCCGCCACGGAUUUCCACAGCCCCUUCGUGCCGGCUGCGAUCCUCACGGGACGGCGCAUCGAAGUCGUCUUCCAUCAGCUGGCGGAGACCGGACUCUUCCACCCGGCCCACCGCUUCGUGGCACGGAAUCUCACGGCCGAGGAGUUUGCAGAAGUCUGGAGGACUGCCGACGAGCAUUGGCUCGGACUCAGCCGCUUUGUCCACGACGGCCACUCCCCGAGCCAGCGCUGCCCCGACUGCGCGAACAUCGGGCAUUUUCUUCUGGACGACAUGCUGAUUGAUGUGGUGGCACAAGUCGUCAACCAGAACCUUCCGGAAUUUCGGGUCCAGCGCACCGUGGCCAACUUGCACUCCAGCUUGGGUGCUGCCGGUGUCAAGCGGUUUCAAGAAGACUUCGUGUCGACGGUGUUUGAGUCUCCCACCAUCUUCAUGGGCGUGGACGAGGUGUACUGCUUUGAGUCCGUGAUCCUCAGCGCCCACCCGCGGCUGCGGACGGGUGGCUUCGAGGAGUUGCUGGGAGCCAGACCCGGAAAGCCCUGGCCAUUCUACUCUCCCGGGACCAUGUUUCGGCAACUCCGCGCGCACUACCACCUCACCACGCGGCCCGCGCAGUUUCCCAGGGAGCCCACUGAACUCCGGGACGGUUCGGAGCCAGCCGAGGUGCUGCUGGAUGCACGGCCCGGGGCCACUCGCCGGACCUCUGCGAAUGCAGAGGAGUUGGCCAAGUUCGUUGGUGCCACGCUCUUUAGCUUCGUGGGCAAGAGCUGGGUGAGCACUGUGAGGUCUCUCUCGGCGGCAAAGGUGUACAUCGGAGGUUACGGAGGCCAGCUCUCCCAGCUGCUUCUCAUGCACGAGGGUGGGCUGGUCCUGGUCUUGGGCUGCGAGGUCCUCGAGACCCACUGGCAUGCCACCUUCUUUUUCAGAUCCCUCCGGCUGUCGGGCCUUGAGGUGCAGCGGAUUGAGCAUGACAGCUGCCUGCCCUUGCCGCCCAACGUGAAGCGCGAGGCCCUGGCCGAGACCCGCUUUGCUUCCAUGAAGCUGCCGGCGCAGGUCCAUCCCAUCAGCAGGUUGGCCAACUUCGACCUCGUGCUGCUUCAUCGGGAGUUCCUCUGCGCCUUUCGGCCGCCGAAGGAGAGCCUAAGCUCUGCGAAGGAGGCGGCCAGAGUUGGCCGAGUCCUGGAGAGCCCUUGGAUGCUGGAGGUGUUGUGGGGAGGUUUGGGCGAGGCGUUGAGGCGGUGUGCCGAGUGGCACGCCGACUGCGAAGUGGCCGUUCCCGUGAGUUCCGAUGGCCGCGGCUGGGCCCUCCUGGCGAGCGUGAGGCACUCGGAUAGCCUCCAGAUCCCUCGCGAAGAGCUGGCCCUCAAGAUCGACUGCGUCGCUGGGGAAGUUCUGGAUUCCGAGAGCCCUGGUCUCUAUGUGCUGGAAGACACCUUCGCAAGCAAAGUCUACGAUCACAUGGUGCUGAACCUGACCACAUCCCUUGCCACCAUGGAGCACAUCCGCCAGUUGGUGCAGAAGCAUCAAGGCCGGACGCUGCGAGAUAGCCUCCAAUAA